AUGAAUCGCUUUUGUUGGAAAAAUAGGACUAGUUUUGGAGGAGAUAGCAAAGUUUCUAAUAUUUGGUACAAAACAAUUUCACCUAAUUUUUUAUAUAGUGGUAUAUUACUGAUAUUAUGGUAUUUCUGCACUUGGUUUGUCGGUGCACAUCUACUUCAGCUAGAAAAAAGUACUGGACUCUAUGAAAAAAGUCUAUUUAUCAACGAGAUAAAUUCGACGGCCUCUCUAUAUGACAUCCUGGCAUCCAAUACAUCCAAAGCUAAAGUUUUUAUUUUCUACUCAUCUUAUUGUCCAUACUGUCACUUAUCAUCAUUCACUCUCAAGAAAGUAGCUGAAUCACUCCACCAGACAGGUUUAAAAUUUUAUUCCUUUGAAUGUGAAAUUAAUUAUGUUGAGUGCUCACUUUGGUCAGUAAAAGAAUAUCCUACUUUAAGAUUGAUUCCACCUGAACAUAAAAAAGUUGAUUUAAAAGCCAUCCUUUCUUAUGAAGAAUAUCCUUCUAUUGGUUGUACCAGGAAACAUGAAAAAAAUCUGAAAUUUCCGGAGAAAUUUCAACCAGGUGAUGUAGAUAUACCUCAAAUUAUACAAGGAACUAGUACAGCAGUUGCAAUGCCUAUUUUAAACUCUGAGAAAUUUAUGAUUUGUAGUCUAAUUCGUGCAUUCAAUUUACAAGAUAUAUAUAAACCUUUACCAUCUAUUAUGUUAACAGCAUUGCCACCAGCAACUUUAACUACUAUUAGUAGUACUGAGCCUUUAGGUAGAUGGAGUGAAGAAAGUCUAAAAGUAGAUCCUUCCCUUUUAGUUCGUGACGCAAUUACUUCGAAACUCUAUAUCCUAUCUAGGUGGGUAUUUAUUGAGAGUAAGUUUAGUAAUAUUGAUCAACCUCUUGAUAGAAAGAGAAUUUUAGCAUUAUACCGUUUUGUUCAAACUAGUAUGAUACUUCUACCAAGCCGUCAAGCAAGGAAAAGUCUAACAAAAAUUUUAGAAUUUAUAGAUAUGAAUACUGGUAUUAGUUCAGAUAUCUUCAACGUUACUACAGAUAAUAAUAAGAAAGAAUUAGAGUCAACUAAAGAUAUAAAUGGGAAAGGGCUAACUUUUAGAAAGUGGAACUCAUUUAUUAAAUCAAUUAGUGUUGGUGGGAUUGGCCCUUUUGUUUCUAAUAUUGAACCUACGUACUAUUUAUGUAAAAGAUCGGUGUUUUGUGGGGUCUGGAUAUUAUUUCAUAUUUGGACAGUUGCAGUACUACAUGGAGCUAAAACUCAGAUUAAUACAAAAAAUCACUAUUUAGGACCUGCUAUAACACCUCAACAGGUUCUUAAUAGUAUAAAAGAGACUGUUGAUAAUUUUUUUAUUUGCAAGAGUUGCAGAGAUCACUUUAUAUCUAUGUUCGAACAUAAUGAAUGUGAUAGAUUAAUACUAGUACCUCCUGAAAACAUUGAUAAUUAUCCAAUAAAAAUUGAAGAUGCUACUGGACUUGUGUUCUGGUUAUUUAGGGUACAUAAUGCUAUAACAACACGUGUGGCCAUUGAAAGUACUUAUAGAUCUAUUGAACAAAAACAAUUUGAAGCUGUUUCAUAUAUAGGUGUUGAAGUUAGUUUUCCACCAAGAGGUCUAUGUCCUACUUGUUAUAAGCCUAACACAGUACCAUUUGUAAUAACAAACAGUAUAUUGGGAAAUAUAAAUGAUUUAAGUACUUCAGAUUAUGACAAUAAUGUUUAUGAUCAGAAGAAUGUUGUGAGAUUUUUGGAAGAUUACUAUUGGGACAAUAGAUGGAUUCUACCCAUGGAAAUUGUAGAUAAUAUAUUAAUUCAAAGUAGUAGUACCUUUAAUAUUGAUGUUAUUCAUGAGCCAUUAAAUAUAAGUUCUGAAGAAGUAAGUUCUAAAGUGCAUAGCAGUAUUGGCUCAGUAUUUGAUAUUUUCCCAAUCCUAUAUCCUAUAAUUACUUUAUUUAUAUUUGGGAUUACAUUAUUCUACAUUAUUGAGAUUGGUCAAGUAGUAGAAAAUGACAAUAUUCCCUCUAAGAUCUAG